GCCCUGCUUCUUCUUCCGCUGAAAGUAAACUCUUUCUUUCUUUUCUCUUUUCGGCUCUGAAUUUCGAGAAACUCGAAACCCUAGACACUCACAUUCUCAUAGUCUUUCUAAGGUGAAAUUCUUUGUUGUGCCUCGCAAAGCCUCGUCAUUCCUGAGUCAAUCGCGGUCGCCUCGCCGGACUUACUGUUGGAUUGCUAGGAUAGCUGCACUCCCGAUUGCGCAUUGCUGGAGAAAUAUUGCUACUCUUGUUGGUUUCUGGAAAUGAAUUGCUGUUCUUGAAGACGUUUAUUUUUAAAGAAAUCAAGUUCCGCAAUGUCUACAUGGUGCUGAAGUUCGGUGAGCCAUCUUUUCUUCUUGAUCUUCUGGAGAACUGGCCUCGAAUGAUCAUUUAUUGUUUUAAGUAUUCAUGGUCGAUAUAUGACGGUUCUUAAUACUUCAUUAAUUAAUGUCCGUAAGCGUGGUUGGUGAAACCAGUAAUUGUAAGUCACUUCAGGUUUUUAAAACCGUCUCUUUUCUUGUCCCUGAUAUUAUUAUACUGCGAUAUUGUGUUAUUGGUAGGAAUGUAGCAUUCUUGGACCUUCUUUUGUGAUUUUAUCAAACAUGCUAAUCCUGCUUCUUCACCAUUUGCUAUAUCGUUUCUAUCCUCGUUACUUUUCCUGGGUUCUUACAGGGGUGCGCAGAGACAUAAUAACAAUCCAUGGCUUCGGGUCUUUGGAGUUCAACUUGCGCGCAAUAGUAAUAACUCUGAGCAUCUUGGAUGUCAAUAUGACUUUUACUUGGAUUGUGUGCGUGAUGUGAUGGAGGAGGAUGCCUUGAAUGAGAAAUCUUGCAUUCAGGCUUUAAAAAAUUUAAUAACAAAGGAAGAUACCGAAAUUGAAGAACUUGAAAAGGAUCUCUUAUCACUUCAGAAUGAAUUAGCCUGGGCUGAACAUCAAAACUGGCCUGAAAUAUGCUGCAAUGCUUUGACUCAGAAAAUCAACUGGCUUGAUGUCUCCAUUAGGAGUUUGAAGAAUGAUCAUGCUGAUAAUGCCAGAAUUCAGCUACUAUUACCUAAUGAACCUGCUGGGACACUUGACGAAGUAUUAAAGGCUACACUAGGAGACUGCCGUCAAGAUAACUGUGGCCAGGAACUGCUUGGUAAAAUUGUUCUGAGAAGUGCUGAUUUUGGGGCUAUCAAGAGUUUACCCGGUCCUCCUGAUGGAAUGAAUUUACUGGGAAAAUCAGAUUUUAAUGUUUUAGCAUAUGAGGAAGUUAGAAGAAGCCAACUUGUCACUACAGAUAAAAGUCAAAUCUUGAAUUCUGCUACUUCCAAGGGCAAGGAAAAUGUUCUGAAAGAAGUCAAGCAAGAAGGUGCAACUGUCAAAGAUGUCACUACAGAUGAAUGUCUGGAUUCCAGCUUUUGUCAAGAAGUAAAAAGUGAAAAUUCUAAUUUUGCUCCAAAAACUGCACGGAGAGAUUGCGAGAAAGCAUCAAAUGUUGCUCCAACUCAAGAUUUGGACCCAACUAAUUUACCCUUGAAUAGGGAUUGUGGGAGAAUAAAUCCUCUUCAAGUUGAUAGUGAUAAAGAAUUUUGUCUUGCUGCUUCUGAAUCAUGGAACCGAAAAAGUUCACUGCAUGUAAUGUACUUUCAGAGUGCUAGCCUUGUUAAUGCCGGAAGUUCUGGUUCGAGUUCAAUGUCAGAGAUGCAGACUAAAAAGCCCCGUUUUACUGGGUCUCAGCUGACUGACCGAGGGAAAUCUCAAGUGCUAUGCCCUAAACCUGAACCUACUGUCUACCUUGGGAAGUCCGUUAUGAGUGAGCCUGGUAAGCUAAAGAAUCAGAGAAAGAGAAAACAGAAAUCAGAUUCAUUUUCUGCUAGAGAUCCGAGUGAAAAUCCUAUGGAAAUUGAUUCAAGUUCAUCGAGGGAAGUUACAUGCAAGAGGCAACGGAAGUCAAGAACCAGCAUUGAUGGAAAUUUAGUUGAGUCUCUGGGCAGCAAGGAUGCUAAAAGAACAGUGCAGCUGGAACAGCAUGAAACUGCAUAUGCUAUUGUUCCUUAUGACAGCAAAUUUUUUGGGUUGCAAAAGAAAAGAAAUGUAUGUAAGUUGCCAGUCACGGCAGGAAUACAAAAUUCACUUGUUAACAUUGAUUUAACAAGCUCAAAUGUAGUUGAAACGGACAAUGGACAAAAUGAAGAUCUUCAGAAUUGCUGGUCCGGCUCCUCAGUUGAUUCUCAUAAUAAGACCUCAGUUCUGAUGCCUGUGAGCUUGAGAAACUUGACAUUGAGUAAUUUGAGGGCCAUAGCAAAGCAGCACAACGUGAAAAAAUAUUACAGAAUGACAAAAGGACCUUUGGUGGAACAACUAACUCAGAUUCUCGGCGGCUGGUGAAUUUACUUUUGGCUAAAAAUUCGAUGUUGAUAAGCGAUAACCCAUUUCAGCUUUGCUACUUUUGAUAUUGUGUUUCAAUUAGGAUUUAGGUUGACAGAUGCUCCUUUGGUAAACCCAAAAGGAGUACGUGAUAGGAUAUAAUACACAUGCUAUAGAAAGAAUACUAGCUACAGCUAUAGAAGUAGUGUGCAAAAUGCAAAUGAAAGGAGGUAUAGAUGUUUCUUCUUCCUUGCUGGUUAGUCCUUGUGUCUGAAAUUCUGACGAAAAUGUGAGUAUAACACUAUAACGGCUAUAUUGCAAUCGUUUUUAGUGUCACUGCACAGUGGACACUGGCUAUGUGGAAUUAUGGUUUUUGACUAUGAAUGCUUCACAACGCUCCUAAGCCGAGCCGUGCUUUUUUUCUCU